CUUUGAUACAUUUCUUGAGAAUUUGUUAGCAAAGUGUUUCUUCUCCGAUUUGCAGUUUUCGAAUUCGAGCGAUUCAUCGUCGUGAACCUUCUUCAAUGGCGAUCGAUGAUUACUCUCGUCCUCCUCCGGACAAAAUCUUUUACAAGACGAAGAAGAUUAAGUAUCGUGGACAAACGAGGCAUAUCAUUCUCCAGGACGAUAAUGGACCAUGUCCUCUCAUCGCCAUUUGUAAUGUUCUUAUCUUGAGACACGGAAUUAAUCUAGACACUCACAAUUCUCAAGUAUCUGAAGAGAAAUUGCUGAAUCUUGUUGGCGAGAUACUUUCUGAUGAAGACGAGUACAUUGAUGUUGAGCUCAUCAAACGCCUUGCAGCUGGAAUUAUUUUCGAUUUAAAAUUCGAUAGCAUUACGGAUUUUGAGUUAACACCGGAGCUAGCUAUAUUUGCUUCACUUAAGAUUCCUUUGUAUCAUGGAUGGCUAGUUGAUCCCCAGGAUUUGGAAAUUGUUGCUGCAAUUGGAGGCAGAUCUCAUGAUGAUUUAAAGAUUGCGAUUACUGCUUUGGAUACACAAACUGUAAAGGCUCAAAAUGGUCAAAGUUCUGUUGAUUUUGCUGCGUCGAUUACUGCGUCUGCAGAGCAUCGUGGAUUGGGAAAGGGAGAUAUUGAAGAAACUGAACUGCUGUUAAAAGCCUUGACAUUAUCUGAAAUGGAAGCAUCAUUAAAGGGAAGUUUUGAUACUCACAGAGACUCAAUUGAAGGAGAGGUUGUGCCUGGAUCUGAGGAUGUAAAUGAAAUUUCUGAGGAUGACACAUUGGUAACUUCUGUGGACGCUGCAGCUGGUUGUGCUAUCACCCUUGGCAGUAAUAUCUGUCAGCAGUCCAAAUUUGAUGAUCAGUUUUCUUCUACGGAAUCAGAAGAUAGGACAGAUUGUGAUGUUGGGAAUAAGACCAAUGUAUCUUCGACAACAUCAGUUACAAAGAGCAAUGAAGCGCAGGAACAGUUAUCUUCAAUGGAAUUGGGAGAUGAGAAGGUUGGUGAUAUUGAGACUGAGAAUAGCAGCAAAAUGACUGCUGUGCAUGCGACUUCUUCCGAAACGCCCAUCUCAGUAGAGAAGACUAAUCUGGAGUCAACCAAAAAUGACAUCAUUUCUGAGGUUCAACUCAAGUCUGAAGCUACAACUUUUGUUAAUGCAGAUCUUAGUGACAAAUCCCAGGAUGAUGAUGGCUCCCUGUCUGAAUCUGAGGGAUGUGUAAGCUUAAGUUCUUCAGUUUAUGAAGGCGAGUCACUUCUUGGACAAAGCUCUUCGGAAGGGAAGGAUAGAAAUGGGCUCACGCAAGAAGAGGGUAAAGUGAUCAAAGAAUUCUUGAAAGACAGUGCCAGUCAAUUAACUUGGCAUGGGCUCUAUACCUUGGAAGAUAACGUUGAAGAAUGGGAACUUUGUGUCUUGUUCCGCAACAAUCACUUCUCCACCAUGCUGAAGCGUGAGGAAAAACUCUAUACGUUGGUUACUGAUCAAGGCUAUCAGAAGAAGCAAGACUUGGUUUGGGAAAGAUUUAACGAGAUUAAUGGCAAUUCUGCCUUCUUUACUGGUAACUUCACGGAGUUCAAAUUCAAGAGUGACAAUGGUAAAAGCCGAAAAUGGGAUCAACAGCACGGAAUUAGUAAAACUGAGAAUUCUAUCUCCGGAAUCAACAGUGAAGACAAGGAUAAUACUGAGUAAAUAUCUCCUCUACUUUCUACUGUUCUGAUCUCUGAGAACUUAAAAUUCAAUCUGUUUAGGUUAUGUUUCCCCUUUGUUUCUAAAUCUAUAACAUUUUAAAGAUU